UCGAGUGUAGAAAAAGUAGAUUUCACUAAGCCUAUAAAAGUCUUGAACGUUUAAUAGCAAGCAGCAUCAUCUUCAAGAUCGUGGUGGCUUGAAGCAGCGUAUUUGCGACUCGAGGUAAAAUGAUUGGACUCGGCAAACGAUUUUUAUUGAUCGUUAUAAUUUCAUUUCUUGGAUCGAUCGAGACCCGUCAAACGAUAGCGGAACUUUUGAGAGUAGUUCGGAGCAUAAAUUCGUACAACGAUGAGCCUGAUAUACCGAGCGGCAAGUGCGGGGAUCAGAUGAAUCAGCGCCAUGAAAUAUCAGCUUAUUUGACGCGCACAUGUGUUUCGAGGAUCGUCGAUCGCCAAUCAAUAACAAGCAACUGGCUGACUUGUCUGAGUCUACGGGACUGUCAAAUAGAGGAGAUUCGUUAUGGAUCUUUCUCAAAUAUGGCGAAUUUGUAUUACCUCGAUCUGUCGAAAAAUCGUAUACAAUAUUGUGAUUUAUUGUCUUUUGGGGGCCAUGAAAAUUUGCGAACACUCAUUGUAGAUGAGAACGGUGCUAACGGCAUAAACAAUCGUGGCUUAACGAUCAAUCGGGCUGAUUUUUUCCCACGAUUGGAGCAUCUUUACAUACGAAAAAAUUAUCUCAAUCGUUUGAGGAUCUCGAUUGGUCAAUGGUUUCCGGUUCUGACUCAUCUCUAUCUGUCAGACAAUCUUUUAACCUCGGAGUCCUUGAACGAUCUGACAAGUGUGCCGAUUUCUUUGACGCAUAUUCAUUUAGAACGUAACCGCAUACGUCGUGUGGAAUCGUCCUUAAUACGCAGCCUCCGUUACGUUUUUCUCGAUGGAAAUGCAAUAAAUUCAAUUUGCAGGACAAAUUGUUAUGAAAAUUGUGUAGAUCUUCGAGCAGCUAACGAAUUACGAUUUUUAUCGUUAUCCAAAAAUGAGAUCAGCCGGGUGGAAAUUGAUAGUUUUGUGGAUACUUGGAAUUUACGGAGUUUGAAUCUCGAUCGUAACAAGCUAGAAUCAUUCGCGAUCGGUACUUUUGAUCAGUUGCGACAGCUCGAGGAUCUUUCCUUGAGUCACAACCUUCUGAGAUACGUGCCCAUUUUACAUCACGCCACUGUGCUCACGAGUCUUACUUUGAAUUAUAAUUAUAUCGAUAGAAUUCAAACCGAUGCCUUCCGCGAUCUUUAUCGAUUGAAAUGGCUUUCCCUGAAUAACAACCGCUUGAGAAUUAUCGAGGAAGGUGCUUUCCGCAAUCUUCGGUCACUAGAAGAUCUCGAUUUGUCGAAUAAUAAGCUGGAUUACUUUUCCCCUUUGUGGAUUGACUCCGAAACUCCUCUUCGAACUCUCGAUCUCCGCAAUAACCGAUUCACCACCUACGAUCAUCUUUAUCUUCGUAAUUUAUUGUUUCUCAACGAUCUUUACAUUCAAGGCAACCCAUUGGCCCGUUCACCUUCCUGCUACGAUUUUCCUCGCAACGUCAGUGUUCACGGGGAAAAUGGUUUGAUGCUUAAUAUGAAACCAUGUCGUAUUAUUUGUACGUAAUGAAAUAAUCACUGGCGUCUUAACCGAACACCAAUCGAGAGAUAGAGCGACACAGCAAACCAGAAGAUAAAAAUCAUACGUUGAUAAAAUAUUUUUCCAACGCAUAUCUACGUUUGACUGUAAUUAAUUGUGACCUUUGACCACCAAAAAAAUGUAAUUUUUCAAUACGUAAAUCCAUGAAAAAAAUAUUUUAAAAUCCUAUAUAAUAAAAAAACCAUAAAAUUCAUUGUUCAAAA